UAGUCUUCUCCAGUUGCAGAUCCAAGGAGGGGAGGAUAACUAGGCAAGCAUACUGAAGAACUCACAACAUCAACAACACCGAGAACGGCUGAGCAGAGAUGCUUCCUUCGACGGCUCGCCCUGCAGGUGCCGCGGCCUACACGCAGCCGCAGCUGAGGCAGAUGAGGGCGCAGUGCCUCGUCUUCCUCGCUUUCAAGAACCAGAUGGAGCCCAGGAAGCGGCACCUCGAUAUCGCGCUCGGUGAGGAUGACAUCGACGGAGCUGGCUGCCACGGCGAGACGACUACGAGCUGGCCUUCUCAAGCCUCGCCGUCCUCUGCAGCACUGUUGCCACUGCCGCACCUCCUGCCCAUCUCCUCGCUGCGGCUGUCCCCGCCCGUGACGGAGCAGGAGCAGAAGCAGGAGAAUCUCGACCGCAACGACGACCCUGAAGCAAAGCACGAGUAGUUGAUUGAUGGUUGUAUCCUCUUGACCUCUUCUCGCCCCGACUGGGCCAUCGACCGUCGACCAAAAAUGAAUGAGUUUCCGUUCAGAUACAAUGUAUUUUUCUCAUACAUACAUAUAACAACUUCGAUUAGCUUUCU